AUGGAAUUAAAGAUUGACAAGUCAUACUUUAGCUUAUUUUCAGCUGCAUUAUUUGGUUCCAUUGUCGAUAUAUCUAUUGAGCUUUUCUUGUUCAUUUGGAAUAAAAUCCAACUUAACUUUCUAUUUAUCUUCUCAAUAAAAGAGCAAGAGGAAGAUUACAGUUUGAACGAUGCUUCGCCCAUACCAGAGGAAAUUCUUGCAGAGACAUUUUUCAAGAAGUUAAAGCUGCCUAGUUUGGAUAAAUACGACGGGACGGUAGACUCCAUGAGUCAUAUGGCUAUCUUUCGAACAAUGAUGCAGCCCCAGGAUGUCAACGAUUUUAUAUUGUGCCGAGUCUUUUCAUCUACGCUCACAGGUUUGGCCCAGAAGUGGUACCAGCAUCUGAGUCUAGAUUCUAUCCAUAAUUUUACACAGCUUGAUAUGUUAUUUAAAUACAAGUUUAUUAUCUGUAUACCUCCUAAAAAGCUCUCCUCAAACUUGCAGAAAAUUCGACAUGGAGAGGGUAAAUCUUUACAGAGUUUUAUCUCACAUUUUAAUUUUGAAGCAAUGCAGAUUGAGGAACUAAAUCACGAGAUAGCAUGUGAGGCAUUAAAGAAAGGGAUUCACAAUAUUAAGUUCAUGGAUUCUCUGAUUAAAAAUCUAGCUACUACCUAUCAACAACUGAUAGAUAAAGCCCAGAAGUACAUAAAACUGGAUGACGAUGUCCAAGCACUCAGGGAGGAUAGGAAGACAAGGCAAAGCAAAGCCCAGAAGCUAGAAAGGCGAGGCUAUGAAGGAAAUCGCAAGAAUUAUCUUGUAUCCCGAGAAAGGGACAAGCGAGGAAAGUAUAAAACUAUACACCAUUAA